UGGCGUUGCGUCGAUUUUUGCCGCCCAGAGUGAACCGUAAAUUUGCUGACCCCUUCUAUUUUCACAUCGUUCGGGGAGUCUCGUCUCGAUUGUGUUUUUAUGUUCGCUUGCCCUCGCCAUCUUUGCGUUGUUCAGGAUAUAGUUUUCUCAAAUAGUGGAAUUUAUUUUCAAAUUUUAAGUAAAAAAAAAAAAUUUUAACUAGUUAGGCUGUUAUUACUAUGCCGCCCGGGGCCAUGACUUCCUCUGCACCCCCCACGCUACGCCACCUGUUUAAAUAAUAAUGUGCCAAAUAACGCAGUGCCAGCCUUUACCUAUGGUGCAGGAUGUGCCGCGCACUCAGGUGCAGGAGCUUGCGUCACUCGCGGUGCAAGCGAAGUAAAAAGACAAUGCUGAAACAAGAUGAUGUCUGAUCAGUUCAGGAAAGUAGAACCUUAUUCUCCAAAGUCUUCACCGCGGGGUGCGAGGUCACCAGUGGUCUCUCGCCAGGAUUCGUCUGGCACUCUGAAGACCACGAUCUCGCUGGGCAAAAACCCGUCAAUAGUCCAUAGUGGACCAUUUUAUUUGAUGAAAGAGCCUCCAGGAGAAAGCGAACUGACUGGGGCUACAAAUUUAAUGGCACACUAUGGACUAGAGCACUCAUAUAGUAAAUUUAAUGGGAAAAAGUUAAAGGAAUCCUUGUCCUCUUUUCUACCGAAUCUUCCCGGUAUUUUGGAUGGUCCUGGACAAGAGGACAAUAGUACACUGGGUUCCGUGAUAGCCAAGAGACCUAUUGGUGGCAAGGAAUUGCUGCCAUUGACCAGUGCCCAGCUAGCAGGGUUCCGACUUCACCCAGGGCCCUUGCCAGAACAGUACCGCUACGUGAGUGCCACUCCACCAAAGAGGCAUAAGAACAAACAUAAGAAACACAAGCAUAAAGAUGGGGCUCCACCUGGACAGGAUACACCCUUACAAGACUCCUCAAACCCAGACACAUACGAGAAGAAGCACAAGAAACAAAAGCGUCACGAUGACGACAAGGAACGCAAGAAGAGAAAAAAAGAGAAGAAAAGAAAAAAGCAGAAACACAGUCCAGAACAUGGCGGUCUCACACCCAGCCAGCACCCAAUACCUUAAUUUAUUUAGUAUAGAGAAUCAGACCUCCAGGGGACGGGAGUAGAGCAAUUAAACAUUGUACUUACACUUGAAAGCAAAAAUACAGUGCCACUACUGAUUUUUAUGUUUGAGGCUAUUUCCAAUUACUAAUUCUACCAACAUAUAAUACCAUUUAGGCCCUUUACCAUUUUAGUGUAAUUUUUUAGUAGCAGUAGAGCUCCUCAUGAAAGCUAUAGUCCAGGGAAGUACUGUCACUUUACCUAUUUCUGCAUUCCGAUUUUGAAGGGUUCUAGUGAAAUUACAGGCACAUGGCACUUGUCAACUUAUACUUGCCCCUCAUAUCUUUGCAAUUUAAACCUCUGAGUCACUUGUUAUAAAAAAGAAAACUUUAAUUGUGAGGAGAAAAAAUAGUUUGAGUCAAGCGGCAAAGAAUACACAAUUUAGGCAACUUCCACUGGCAUAGGGUAUGUUUUAAUACAGUGAAUAAUCUGAUAUAUUACUACAGUUCUUUCUCUCUUGGUCAUAACUCGAGAGUUGUAAUUAGUGAUGUUUACAAUAUAUCAGUUAUUAGUUGCAGUGAUAAAACAACCUUAUAAUUAUAAGACACAAAGGGUUCAUUAACACAAGAAUGUUAAACAUUAAAGCGUGAAACACACUAUCAGUGUGCGGGUCGGGCGCGUCCUGCCCGACCUGCACGCACCCGCGCGUGGCGUAUUGUCGUCCAUAUAAAUUACACCAGUCGUGCUCCCGACCCGACAUGCGCCCGACUCGCGCCCUCUUUUAGUGUUUCACGAUUUCCAAAUAGUACGAAAGCUAUUAAGGCUCAAUUUAGAUAGCCACGGGAUGGCAUGAAAGCUAAAUUUCGUAACGAAAUAGUACGAGACGGUAGCCAGUAGGACGGUAGCGCGAGAAUUCUCCGGAAGACGCCCAACUUGUUUUUUAGCUCUUAUCUAUUUUGCAUGUUACACAAUUGACGUAAAGUACAUUAUACAUAAGCUGCGACACGCCUGUCCAUAACAGUGGCAGUGCCACUCAGAGCUUUAAAGUCCAAAGAUCUGAGGGGCAAUGCAACUGCGCCUGUCACC